UCAUAAUACUCUUCUGACAUAUCCUACUCAUCAUAGAUCUACAGAUACAUACAAAAAAAAAAAAAAAAGGGAAGUAGUCCUCUUUUAUUUUUUAUUUUUUUAUUUUAUCUGUUGAUUAGGGCCAGAGGAAAGUAUUGUUGGGUUGGUUACCUCCCUCCGUUUUCCCUCCCACCCUCCCCUUGCAUGCAUCCCGUUUCGGUACAGUGCCACGUCAGCAGUGCCACGUCACAGUGCCAGAUCAGCAGUGCCAUGUCAGCAGUGCCAAGUCACAGUGCCAAGUCACAGUGCCACGUCAGCAGUGCCACGUCACAGUGCCAGAUCAGCAGUGCCACGUCAGCAGUGCAAGGUCACCUUGCCACGUCAGACUGCCAUGUCAGCAGUGACAUCCGACACAGUGCCACAUCAGCAGUGCCACGUCAGCAGUACCACGUCAGACACAAUGCCACGUCAGCAGUACCACAUCAGACACAAUGCCACGUCAGCAGUGCCACAUCAGCAGUGCCACGUAAUCAGCAGUGCCACGUCGGCAACAUGACAGGCCUGUCAGGCCAACCGGCCAAUGAGACCAUUGCCGCCUACAAGCAGUGUUGCCUGGCUCAGAUAGAGGCUGAGGAACAACGCCUGCUGGCAGUCGAGGCUGCCCGCGUACAGGCUGAAGAGGCAGCAGCAGCAGAGAAGCUGCGGCUACAGGCCGAUGCAGACGCAGAUUCCCAGGCUUGCCGCAAGGAAGCCCAGGAUCUGCUACAGCGGCAUGAAGCCACAAGCAUUGACAGACUCAAGUUCUGGCAUUUUGAACCGAACGGCGACGAGGCAACACCGGAAGAGCAGCAUAAGGAGUUCCUCUCCAAACUCGUGACACGGUUGCUGUAUGCUUGCAACUACCAACGGUCAGAGUUGGAGAGACGGUACCAGGACCUGACGCAACAGCAUCAGGAGUUGGCAACGCUCCGCCACACAGUGCAGAGCCACGAGGAUGCAACUCGGGCACUCAAUGCCCGAUUGCUGGACCUGGAACAGGCUGUACCAGGACCAACUGCUGGGGCUUCCAGCAGUGCACCCUCUAGCCGCCAACUGGAGGAACGCGUUGACCACAUCCUGGCAAUUCUCGACGACAUUAACACCUUCACCAUCAGCACUCAGCUGCAUACCUUGAAGACCGAGGUCCAACAGCUGCAGUCGACGAACACAGAUGGCAAUCAGAAGAUGCCAACUUUCCAACUGGAAAAGUUCGACGACUACACGCAGCAGGAUCCAACCCUCUGGUGGGAAGCAUUCACGACGCAACUCAGGAUUCUGCCUGUCGCUAAGCACGAGUACAUCGGCGCCCUGUUCCUGAACUCAAAGGGCGGAUGCCACACCUGGUUGACCCACCUGGCAACCUCCCACGGCGUCGACGUACCGGACCUCAAGGACAAGAUCACAUGGGAAGAAUUGACACGGCUAUUCGGCUGCGAUUCGGCCGCCUUGCUAGCGGCCUCCUCCACAUCUGGGAAGGAUGCGAAUGUCGCAAGUCCUCGGUAUACUUACGAGGAUUAUGCUGUCCACUUGGUCCCACCGCUGGACCAACCGCUCCACGUGCAACAGCCCACCGCAUGCACGGUUUCAUCACCAUCGUCAACCGAUUCGGCAGCUUCGCCGCAAUCUAUCGCCGGGGAUUCGACGUCAUGGUCAAGACUUGAUGAGCUCGACCCGUUGACGUUCACGGACUUCCAGUGGAUGCCCGUUCCCUCGACCGGACGAUUGCCGAAACCGCAUUGCAAUGUGCUCAUGGCACAAUUGCGGGACUACUUGCACACUGCAGUACCAGCUCCGUUGAUGAACGCUAGAGCAGAGGUUGUCGACCUUCUCGCGUACAUCGCGAAGAUCGACCGCGAGUUCAAGACGCAACGGUACGACGACAUCGACGCACCAUUGCUAUACGUAUGCAUUCAAAUCGGAGAGGCGACCUGCAGUGCCUUGAUCGAUUGCGGAGCAUCUCGCAACUACAUCAGCCAGGACUUCAUGGUACGCGCCGGCCUUACCCCACGUGUCCGGAGGAAGUCCCAGCCUACGCAAGUCACUCUGGCAGACGAUCAUACGCACAAGUCCAUCGACCGGUGCAUUGACGCCGUCCCAGUGUACUUCGCCCCUCACGCAAGUGAGGCGGUGUCCUUUGACAUUCUGGACACCAAAUUCGACAUGAUCUUGGGCAUGUCAUGGCUACGAAGCGAGGAUCACCCGAUGAACUUCUUCAAACGCACCGUUCACAUUCGUGAUCGGAACGGAGUAUUAGUUCCAUGCACGGUGCCCCUUCCUCAUCCUUCGAUUAGCUGCCACGUGGUAUCCGCCGCAAGCAUGCGAGCUUCCAUCAUCAGAGACGACAUCGAGGAGAUGGGGGUGUGUUUUCUCCACGCCCUCCCGCCCCAUGACGCUUCAUCGACGGACUCACCUUCGGAUCCAUGCAUCACCGAACUUCUCGACGCCUAUAGCGACGUACGAUCAGGAACGCCGGCCCUCUCCCACGCAUCGAUAAUCUUCUCGAGCGAUUGGGCGGCGCCCAGUUUUUCUCGAAGCUGGAUUUCAAGUCAGGGUACCACCAACUCAGUUCGCAAGGAGGACCGUUACAAGACCGCAUUCAAGACACGAUAUGGGCAUUUCGAAUGGCUGGUUAUGCCAUUUGGCCUUACGAAUGCCCCGGCCACUUUCCAAGCGGCUAUGACAACGGAGUUCCGACACAUGCUGGAUCGUUUCGUACUUAUAUACCUCGACGACAUUCUGGUUUACAGCCGGAGUCUGGACGAGCAUGUGGAACACCUGCGCACCGUUUUGGAGCGGCUACGACAGGCCAAGCACAAAGCAAACCGCGACAAGUGCGAGUUCGCACAGCAGGAGCUGGAGUACUUGGGCCAUUUUGUGACGCCGCAAGGCAUCUGUCCGCUCGCGGACAAGAUCGAGGCCCUACGAGUAUGGCCCGAGCCCACCAACACCACGGACGUUCUGCCUCCCAUCAACUCGCUUGAUGAUGCAAGGAAGAAGGAGCUACUCGCGUUCGUCAUGGCUCUCAAGCGAUGGCGGCACUUCCUCCUUGGGCGUCGUAGGUUCACAUGGGUUACGGACAACAAUCCAUUGACCUACUACAAGACGCAGGAUACGGUGAGCAGCACGAUCGAACGAUGGAUAUACUUCAUCGACCAGUUAGACUUCACACCGAAACAUCUACCCGGCCUCUCAAAUCGCACAGCAGAUGCACUCUCGCGACCAGAUCUUUGCGCUAUGACACAUCAUGCCUUCGCAUUCGACGAGGAGCUUCAGCGACACUUCAUCCGAGCAUAUGAGUCUGAUCCGGACUUAGGCACGCUCUAUGCACAACUAUCUUCGGAUCACUCGCCGACCAGCCAUUAUCGCAUUGCCGACGGGUACUUGCUCCUCCACUCGAGAGGCAAGGACUUACUAUGCGUCCCACGCGACCGUCGUCUUCGGACUCGCCUCCUCGGCGAGUAUCAUGAUUCACGACUCGCCGGCCAUUUCGGAGUCAACCGCACUAUUGCACGGCUUCGACAGCGAUUCCGAUGGCCCGACCUCAUUACCGAUGUCACUCGGUAUUGCGACUCUUGCAAAGUUCGGCGACGCAGCAAGCCCCGCAACCUCAAUCCCUAUGGCGAGUUACACCCGAUGCCUAUCCCACGGGAACCCGGUCUCUCCAUUGCCAUGGACGUCACCGGUCCGUUUCCUCGCGACCAGUUCGGGCACGACGGCAUCCUCACGGUUGUGGACCGAUUGAGUAAGUACGCGCGUUUUCUCCCUUGCAAGUACUACUCCACGGCUCCCGAGCUGGCACGCCUCCUGCACACUGGUUGGAUUUGUGGCCACGGUGUACCAGAAGACAUUGUCAGCGACCGCGACACUCGUUUUCAUGUCGGCGUUUUGGACUGCUCUCAUGAAGGAGUCCGGCACAACAGUGAAACCAAGUUCGGCCUGACAUCCUCAGACAGACGGGCAGACGGAGCGGGCACAUCAGCCGCGGGCGAUGAGCCCGAUGGCUGUUCAUUUGUGAUCAACAUUCCAAAGCAUCUGACGGUCCAUCCGGUCUUCCACGCCUCGAAGCUGGCAACAUACACGCAAGCCAAGAGCUACGACUCUCCGGACCGACGAUCGCAGGACCCUCCUUCUAUGGAUGGCCAUCAGGAAGUUGACUGCGUCAUCUCGCAAGUACGGCAGCAAGCCGCGGCAGUACAAAGUCCCAUUCAAAGCAUGCGAUCGCGACGACACUCGGUGGAUUUCAGGCGAAGAUUUGAAAGCAUCUGCACCGCUGAUCUACGCGCAUUAUGAAAAGCGCAGGUUAGCUYAGAAAGCUUCACGA